AUGGAGAUCAAGCACUUCUCUGCUAGUGAGUCUACUUAAGAUGAGCAACAAGAUCAAAGUAUACUGAGUUUAAAGCAAGUGGACCAAUCUAAGUCAAAUGGUUAAUCAGGUGAAUCACAGGCAUUUGACAGUGUUGACUGGUUAAAGCCAAGUUACUUAUAGAGAAAUCCAGAAAAGUAGCUUCAAACAACUUCUAGCUUAGGUUAAAACACAGAUUCAAUCAUUAAUUAAGCGGAAAAUCAUAACUAAAGGCAGAUUUAAGCAGAGGAAAGAAUAAUUUUGCACAGGAAAAAUGACAAUAAAAAUGAUAUUUAAUAAAGGGAUAAAAAUAUUCCAAAAGAGGCAGAAGAAGUAAUUCCAAAGUAUAUUCUGGAAAAAUUAUAUCCUCAUUAGAUUUAAGGUGUAAAAUGGCUAUACAAUAACUAUCAAAACAACAUCGGGUGCAUAUUAGCAGAUGACAUGGGCUUAGGUAAGACAGUCCAGAUAUCUAUACUCCUUGGAAUAUUAUUCAACUAAAAAUUGCUCAGACAGGCCUUGAUCGUAGCACCUGCCACUUUGCUUGACUACUGGUACGGGGAGAUAAUAAGAUGGACACCUGAGUAGAAUAUGAAUAUUCAAUACUUAAAUUAAGAUUUGAAGAGAAGAAUCUAAGUAAUUUAAGUGAACUAAAAGAACAGAACUGUUUACUUAGUAUCUCCAUAGAGCUUAAUUAAGCAUGUUGAUCAUUUUGAAUAGUAUGGGAAACUUGAUCUUAUGGUUAUAGAUGAAGGGCAUAAAGCUAAAAACAUUUACACAUAACUAAGAAAAACUCUAAAAGCAAUAUAUGUGAGAAAACAAAAAGUUAUCUUGAGCGGCACACCUGUCUAGAACAAUCUGAAUGAGUUUUACAGUUUAAUUGAUAUAGUGCAAGAUGGAAUAUUAGGUGAAUAUAAGCAGUUCUAAUCAGACUUCUCAAAGGUUAUAGAUAGAGGGCUUAAAAAGAAUGCCUAAUUUAGAUACCUUAUGAGAGCUUAGGAGAAGAUUUAAGAGUUGAAAGAUGUUUACAAGCCUCUCUUUCUAAGGAGAACUAAAAAGGAAAUAUUCUAAAUUAAAUCUUCUGAAUUAUCCGAUGAACCACUUCUACCUAAUGAGCUUCCAAUCAAAACUGAUUUAGUGAUCUGGAUUCCGUUAAAUGAUGUCCAGAAAAAGAUAUAUAGUUUGAUACUCUAAGAAGACAGUGUUAAAAGGGUGGCUAAACAAUAGUCUAAGAAGCAUAUCUUUAUCAUCAUUUUAGCAUUGAAACAUCUCUGCGUGCACCCUUUGAUAUUACUUCACACUUUUUUCAAGGACUAAGAAGCAAUUGAAGAUGACGAAUUAGAUUAGUAAGUCAUGACUAUUGAUGAAGAUGCGGAGAGUAUUGAUGAUAGAUCUGAGGCAACUGAUGUAAUCAGAGAUGAUGACCAAAAGUUAAGUUUAGCUGAGAAACUUGGACUUAGAUACAUUAAGAAAUAGAUUGAAGAUACAUUUGACUUCAAAGACUAUAAGAAGUGGAUCAGAUAGUCUAAUAAGAUUAAGUUUUUAUUUGAAUUGCUCAAUGAACUUUACUCCUCUGGACACAAAGUCCUCAUAUUUUCUAAGUCUAAGAUAUUGCUAAACCUUGUUGAAAAUAUACUGAAAUACGAAACCUUGUAUAAGUUUCUUAGAUUAGAUGGAGAUGUUCCCAUUCCAAAUAGAGAUAAAAUUUGCUAGAAUUUCAAUAAUGAUCCUUAGAUAUUUUGCUUUUUGCUAACAAAUUAAGUGUCAGGUGUAGGAUUGAAUUUAGUCUCAGCAGACAGGGCAGUGAUUAUUGAUCCAGACUGGAAUCCUGCCAAUGAUAAUUAAAGUAUUGAUAGGUGUUACAGAAUUGGCCAGAAGCGGGAUGUGAUUGUGUAUAGACUAAUUUCUACAUGUAGCGUCGAGGAAAAGAUCUAUAGAAGAUAAGUGUACAAAAGCGGUUUAAGUAAAGCUACACUUGAAGACACUAGUGGAAAUCUUAUGAAAUACUUCGAUGAACAAGACCUAGUUGAAUUACUUAAAUAUGAUGAGAAUGACUAAAAAUGCUACACUCUUGAUCUUAUAAAUGAGAAACAUGAUUUUUAAAUUGUUGAAACCCCUACUAAUGUCACUCAUGUUAAGUUCCUCCAAUAAAAUGAGAUAGUUGAUGGUGUGACUGAUAAUCAAAUAUUAUUUUCUAGAGAGGAGGAUUAGGAGGAGCCUGAAGAUUAGGAGACAUUGAUUGCUAAGAGAUUUUAAUAGUUUAAUGGAGGAUGGUCAAAUAAUGCCUCGAAAAAUAGAAAUAACAUGCUAUCAGGAAUAAGUAAUAGGUAUUCAUUCCCCUUUUAGUGA